AGAUAAAAUUACUCUACGUGCAACUUCAGUCUGUUUUCUAUGAUUUUUAUUUACAAAUGCAUUUUUAUUGUUCUGAGAUACAAGAUAAAUCCAUGAAAAAUCCGAAUAAAAUGCGUCAACGUCAAUUUUUACGUCAAUUUGUAUGGUAAUUAUUGAAAAAGUUGUAAAUAAGUAAUUAUUUUUCUUUUUAUACUAACGCAACGUUUUUGUUUGAGAAGAUAAUUGAUUAUCAAAAAUUAUGUUUACCACCCACGGAUUUAUAGAAAUCAAAUGUAACGAACACAACCGUUUCAUUUAAAAAUUUUCAGUAACUACCUACUGUGCCUGCAAUUUCCUCCAACAGUGAAAUGGCUAGCCCUAACCCAGAAAGUGAAUCCAGUUCGAAUUCAAUGUUUAUGGCUAAAGAAGACAAAUCUGAAGAAAUUCCAAGCCGUCCAGAAACUCGGAAUGCCUCGUCAAAGCUGAGUGUAUCAGCUGAAACGAUAACAGUCAAGGAUUUCUUUGACUUCAUGAAGACCGCUUAUCAAGUGUAUGAACAUCUAGAGGGAGAGGAAGAUGAAAGCACUAAAAUAAACUGGGAAGAACUCACGAAACUAACUGUAAUAAAUCAUGUCAUAGAACAGCAUGAAAGAGAUCUUCUGUUUCAAACUGUGAGAACAGAACCGAAGCCUAUAACUAGCAAAAGCGACAGUACUUUAGAAAAGAAAUCAAGUGAAAACGCUUUGAUGCGUGUUGAGAAAAGAUACAGCUGCAGCGAAAUUGAAGGUAAAAUUCGUGGCCGUAGGAAAUCUCUACCAAUGGAGGCACGGGUAGAAAUGCUCGGUGUGUGGACAGAGACGAACUUGAACUGUAAGCUAAAUGAUGUGAUGAAUGAGGGUAUUUUGGACUCUAUUUUGCCUUAUUUAGUUGGUUACAAGAAACCAGUUAAAACCACAAGUGUAUACGUCCCAAUCAUCAAAAAGACCACAUCUACUACAAAUGACAUAAAAAAACCUACAAGUUUUGGUGGUUUCCUUAACGAGAAGGAUUCUAAAGACCGCAUUGGAAGGCGCAAAUCUUCAGUAACAGCUGCUCAAGAACGGCUUAAUCAAAAGCAAGAGGGCGACGUUGAAAUUCAUGUUUGUGAUGAAGUAAAAGGCCUGAAGAAAGACUUCAGGUGUCCUCAAAAGCUUUUGGUUUCUAAGAUGGGGUAUUUCGCUGACGUCACCGCCGGGCAGAGACUCGAAGACAUGGAUAUCUCUGUACAUUGCGAUAUUCAGAUCUUCGACUGGCUGAUGCGGUGGGUGAAGCGCGACAGCAUCCUGGUGGCGGACUGGCCUCUGCUGGAGCCCGCCAGCGUCGUGCCCAUCCUCGUCUCCGCAUCCUUCCUGCAGAUGGAGCCACUGCUGCACGACUGCCUGAGCUACUGCCACGCGCACAUGAACGACAUCGUGAAGACCAGCACCAACCUGGCCUGCCUCAGCGACGCGCUGCUCACCAGAUUAGCGGCGAUGUACACGAACGCAGAACUAGAGGCGAUCCGCGACCGCAAGGACAAGGUGCAGUCGCGGCUCUACUGCAAGCUCAUCCUGUCGCUAGCGGAGCCCGUGCCGGAGACGCUGCGCGGACACUACGCUACGCUCGCUACGCUGUUCAAGUGUGUCAAAUGCAACAAGCUGCUGGGGCGGCACAUCGCGGCGCAGGUGCCGUGCCAGCCCGCCGCCAUGCGCAUCGACCGCCGCGGGAACCUCAUCUCCUCGCACACCAAGGAUGUGUCCUGGAGCCUCAGCGAGUACAUCUCGUGGCUGUUCGGCGAGCUGCGGUCGUGGCGGCGCGUGUACUGGCGCCUGUGGGCCGACUGCCACUUCCUGCGCUGCCAGCUGUGCGACACACACUUCCCUGUCUACCAGAUGGAGUGGUGCUGCCACCACGAGCAGGGCGCGCACAUGUUCGCGCUGGAGGGCCGGCCCCCCCUCCCCGCCGGCCGCUACCCGUGCUGCGGCGAGCGCGCCUACCGCUUCGAGACCAUCACGCGGAAUACUGGUUGUUCGUUCCGGCCGCACGGUCCGGACGAGCGGCUGGCGGGCGACGCGGCGGUGAUGGAGCUGUACACGCAGUUCCGAGACCUCAUCGCCAUGCGCCCGCCGCAGCUCGUGUUCCCCGAGCGACUCACCAGGCUCGUCACUAGAGAGCCAGGCGAGGAGUUGAGCGGGCGGCUGCUCUGCAAGGAGGUGUUCUGGUGGGAGGGCAUCCAGCUGGCGCCGCCGCGGCCGCCGCUGGGCCUGCUGGGGAAGCUCUACACCAGCAACAACAAAUUCAACCCAUGUGCCCGGCCGGGCUCCGCGGCGUUGACUCCAGCGCAGUCGUCGGCGCAGUCCCUCGCCACUGAUCACUCCUCAUCACCGGACCAAGUGGACCCGAGACCGCUCAAGACAAGGAAGGAACUUCCUGUUAAGGAAGAAAUACAGAAAAAAGGCGCGAGUGGCAACGAGGCAGGCGACGGCGGGGAGCAGUCGGAGGAGUCGAGCGACUCCGGCGAGGAGAGCAGCGGCAGUGAGGACAACAGCGACGCGAGUGAGGAGGAGGCGCCGCCGCGCCGCGCCGUCAGGAAGCCCGCUCCGAGGCCGCCGCCGCCGGGGAAGAAAAGAGCCCGCGUGGUGGGUCGUCAGUGGCUGACGUCUCUCUCAGCUCGCAGCAACCAGGACGGUCAGAGGCGCUUCGAGGAGCGCGCUGUGCGGCAGAUGCGGACGGCACUAGUGCGCCGCGCCAACAACAUGUCCGCGAACAAGGCCAGGAACCCGCCUGGUGGCGUGUACGCGCGGUUGGAGGCAGAGUGGCGCGAGCGGCACGGGCAGCGGCCGGCGCGCCCCGCCGUGUCCGCGCGCCCGAGGCAACAUAUCAAGUACAAGUGAACCGAAUAAACUGAUUUCAUUAGCAGAGAA